UUUGCUGGACUGUCAGUGAUUUUGGUAUAAAUCUAAGCUCUUUUUGCCAUUCAGUGGAAUUAAAGGCAACUCUAGACGUUAUUUUCAGGAAGCCGUUCACCUCUUGUGACCAUGAAUCUUCAGGAAAAGCUGUCAGGCCUCAAAGGUCUGGUCUCGCACUCCCACAGCAAACGCCGCCACAAAGGUGACCUCACGUUGGACAUGAUUAGCCCUCCUCUGGGCGACUUUCGCCACACAAUGCAUGUGGGCCGUGGCGGCGAUGUCUUCGGGGACACCUCCUUCCUUAGCAACCACGGAGGCACGGCCAACGGGAGUAACGGGGAGACGGAUUCUGUCUCCAGCCCCGACAACAAGAUCGGAGCGUUCUUCUCCAGGACGCUGCGUCAGAUCAGGAGGGGCUCCGACAACCGAGCAACAGGAGGAGUCAAGGAUCUGUCGCCACCACCUCCUGCCAUUUCUCCCAUCAUCAAGAAUGCCAUCUCUCUCCCCCAGCUGGAUGUGGAUUUGCCCAAUGGGACUCCAACCACCAGAGUGCUCUUCCCCAGUUCUAAAAGCACGCCAGAGGACAAGAAGAGCUCCUAUGGUCUGGAGUCUGGUUUCGUCACUCUGCCUCGUCUCUCCCGCUCUGAGCGCCAGCAGCCCUCCAUCUCCCUCCCCACUUCCUGCUCCCCCAACAUCCACCGAGGCUCUCUGACCGAUCCCACCGACGCCAUCUUAUCCACCUGCUCUGCCUCCAUCCUGACCUCUGACCCCAUACCUACCUCCACCGCCUACUCCGACUCCCUGCCCUCCCUCACCUCCCUGGACACCUUCACCUUUGACCUAGGCCCCUCCCUCAUGAGCGAGGUGUUCGGCCUGAUCGACAGCCAUUCGGAGGGCCACGCUUGGGAGGGAGAGGAAGCGGGAUCUGCGUGUGGGCUGACCAACGAGGAAUCAGAGAUGGACUCGGCUACUAUCUCGUACGUGGAUUCCCUUCUGAAAGAGGACUGCGGGGGCAGGAAGAGCCCGCAGUGGGAGGAGGAGGAGGUGGUGGAGGUUAAAGUCCCUGAUGUGGUGAUGGGGUCUCCUGAGCGAGUGAGGUUGGGGAUACGGAUGGAGAGUGAGCGGUUCCAGAGCGCUACAGAUGUGCUCGCACGCCACUACGGCGUCAGCCACUUUAAGGGACAGAGCCGGGUGGAGGUGGCAGAUUCAGAGAUGAUGAUCAGCAGGAACAAAAUGUCCUACAGUUACAUGGACGACGAGGAUGAAAUCAAAGUCUGAGAUGAUUUUGACACUAAAGAAACUGUCUCUGAUUUCUCUGCAGUCCCAAUCAAAUCAAUCAUCUAAAAUCUUUUUAUGGUCAACGAGGCUGGCUCUGACAGGAUGACCAUGAAAAUGACAAAUCCUUAAUAUUGGAUCAUUUACUUUUUUAUACAAUCGUGCUUCAAGGAUGUACAGAUGGAUGCAAAACUGUUGCUGAAUGUAAAAAAAGAAGUGAAAGACUUUAUGCUGCACCGUGAAGGAGAGGGCUUUUUUUCUUUUUUUUUUUCAAAAGACUUAAGAAGGAUAACUUUGGUAUUUUUCAACCCUAACCCUAUUUGUGUCUAAGUGACGAAUGGGAAAAACAACUUUUAAAAUUAGUCCAGUAUUGAGUGAGACUGUUGCAACUGGCAGCCAUGACACUUGUGUUAAUGUAACCACUCAGGGGAAUUUGUGCACCAAUGUAUUUUCUAAUAAAAGCGUUUUGGUUUUUUUUCAUUGAUGGGCUCAAUUAUUGUUAUUGGGUUUCGGCGAUAGCGAUUUCGGGCUGUUUUUGGUUAAACAAAAAGGAUCUUGUUCUAUAACCAAAAGGUCUAUCUCUGUUUGAUCUUUCCCAUAAUGU